CGCAUAUCCAGCCGUUUAAUCAACUGGUGAUUUAUCCCUCCAUCUUGUUGGAUAGUUUGAAUCCCGCGGUUUUAGGUCGGGUCGCUUUUUAAGCUGCGGGGAAGUGUGUUUUUAGUAUGGAUCCGCAGGGUUGUGAACCAAUGGCGCUUGGAUCCCCAACAUCUCCAAAACCUGGCACCCAUGCCCAGUUUUUGCCAGGCUUUUUAAUGGGGGACAUACCUAUACCUACCACACCACAGCCCAGACCAUCAUUAGGCAUUAUGGAGAUGCGAUCACCGAUACUUUCACGUAGAUCUCCUCCUCAGCCUGUAGUUCCAACUCACAAAGACAAAAGUGGUGCACCCCCAGUUAGAAGCAUUUAUGAUGAAAUUCCAAGUCCUUGUCUUGGUUCCACACCUUUAACUACAAGAAAGCCAGCAGGGUUUUCUGUUUUGCAGACUCCGUUGUCUGGGGCCAUGCCAUCAACUCCAGGGACAGCUUCCAGCGUGUUUAGCCCAUCAGCUAUGGCUCACAGCAGAAAAGCCACCUUUUCACCAGCACAGCUGGAUCCCUUUUACACACAAGGUGAAGCUCUGACUUCGGAUGAUCAGCUGGAUGAUACAUGGGUUACUGUGUUUGGGUUCCCUCAAGCUUCCGCUCCUUAUAUUUUAGUACAGUUCGCUCUAUAUGGAAACAUAAUAAAACAUAAGAUGUCAAACUCUGGUAACUGGAUGCAUAUACAAUAUCAGUCCAACUUACAGGCCAGAAAAGCCCUAAGUAAAGACGGGAAAAUUUUUGGUGAAUGCAUUAUGAUUGGCGUUAAACCAUGCAUUGAUAAGAGUGUAAUGGAAAACUGUCAAAGUCAGAUGCAGUCUUCUGUCUGCACCCCAUCUGCUGGCACUCCGACACCGCUUACCCCAAAAAUAAGCUCUGCGAUGAGGCCACUUGCUGCAACUCACAAGGCAUCUACUAACAAUCAGGUAUUAGUCGACAAGCAGACUCCUCGAAAAGAUGAAAGCGUUCUAUCAAAAGCAAUGGAGUUUGUUUUUGGUUGGUAGCGGUCUGGAAGCAACUACUCCGUUCUGCUGCUACUUUGCUUUAUUUGCAAUAAAAUUAUGAACGGCAGCUCAA